AUGAUUAUUAAAACAUUAGAUAUUUUCCCAGUGUCUCUCCCAUUGGUGCAGAUAGCAGGAGGGCACUGCUACCUGCUCGGGUUGACCUGCGCCAACGAGCCUCACGGCAGGUCUGUCUGGUCCAUUGGCUGUGGUCUGGGCGGCAAGCUAGGCCACGGCACAAAGUACGACGAAUGCCGCCCGAAAGAGAUCGCACACUUUAAAACCCUAGAGUUCGCCCCCACAGCCGUUGCUGCAGGCGCAUGGCAUGCUGCUGCUGUUGCUACUGACGGGAGAGUUGCCACGUGGGGCAAGGAUGACUCGCACGGUUCACGUGGCAAGCUCCGUCCAGCUGUGAAAGCAUGCCACGUGGCAGCAGGGGAUUACACAACGUUUGUGGUGGGGGAGGGCGGCGAGGUGUGGUCGUUUGGGAGCGUGGAGAGCCCGUGUUUGGGGCAUGGCGGCGGGUGGGAGAGGGAGGAGGAGGAGGAAGGGGAGGAGAUAGACGAUGCUGAUCUUCAUGAUAUCGUGUUGCGGCAGCACCGGCGGCGCUAUCGGGAUGUGAUGCAGCCACCCGCGGCGGGUGUCUCUGCUGGAGGAGCGAGCUACCCACCCACCUGCUUCUCUUACCCCUCUUGCUCUUCCCUCUCCCUUACACUGCCCACUCCCCCCACAUUCUCCUAG